AUGGCUAUCUCUGUUAGCGAAUUGUUGAAUGGUGUAGCUUCAAGGCUGGUGUACGAAGGUUCGGUGUGUGGCAGUUACCCUUGUUGGAAUGAUGGAAAAUGUGUAUUGAACGGCUCAUCCACUGACUUUUUCUGUGAAUGCUCAGCGUUUUUCGUGGGUCCUCGUUGUGAAUUCAAGACUGCCGACAUUUGCCGUUCACCGCGAUGUCGCGGCGUGCAACUCUGCAACGUUGCCGAUUUUCACGUCAACUGUUCAGUUGUCAAUCAAACUGGUGAGAACCUUGAUGAUUUCAAGUCCUUUAAUAGAAAAAAACAAACUAAAUGGUGA